AACACGAGUGGUCACUAGUCAGCACCAUGGAUGGAUCGACCUCGAAAUUCCGAUAUGAAAAGGCAGCGAGAGAGAGAGAGUAGUCGACGAGACGACAUGGAGGGUAGGCCCAGCCGCACUAUCUUUCUUUGCUAGCUUCGCUUGCUUGCUGCUCCUUUCGGCAGUUCAUUCACAAGAGCAGAAGCGAUCUGUGCUGCUGCUGCUGCUCAUCAUGUAGCAGAAUUAAUUAAAGGGGCUUAAUUAAUUGCUGGGAUAAUCACGAUCGGAUUCAGCAUCAGCAGCAGCCUAUAAAUAAAGCCUCCAGCUCACAGGUCGCAACUUGCCAUAUACCACACCUAAGCUAGACAGACAGCAACAAGAAAGCAGAGAGACAGAGGUAGAGAGGCUUAGAGAGCUAUUGACGUGCAAUUCUUGUGCGCGUUCGCGGCAAUGGAUGUGGAGAGCUGCGCGUCGUCGUCGCCGCCGCCGGAUGCCGCCGUCGACUGGCGCGGCCGGCCGUGCGAGCCGCGCCGCCACGGCGGCAUGCGCGCCGCCGUCUUCGUGCUAGGGAUCCAGGCGUUCGAGAUCAUGGCGAUCGCGGCGGUGGGGAACAACCUGAUAACGUACGUGUUCGGGGAGAUGCACUUCCCGCUGUCGCAGGCGGCCAACGUGGUGACCAACUUCGUCGGCACCAUCUUCCUACUCUCCCUCCUCGGCGGAUUCCUCUCCGACUCCUACCUCGGCUGCUUCUGGACCAUGCUCAUCUUCGGCUUCGUCGAGCUCUCGGGUUUCAUACUUCUGUCGGUGCAAGCUCACCUGCCGCAGCUGAAGCCGCCGCCGUGCAACAUGGCGGCCACGGACGGCGGCUGCGAGCAGGCAAGGGGCAUCAAGGCGAGCAUCUUCUUCGCCGCGCUCUACCUCGUGGCGCUCGGCAGCGGCUGCCUCAAGCCCAACAUGAUCGCGCACGGCGCCGACCAGUUCGCGGCCGCGGCCGGCGGCGGCGGCGCCGCCGCGGCGGACAAUGCCAAGAGGCUCUCGACCUACUUCAAUUCGGCCUACUUCAGCUUCUGCGCCGGCGAGCUCGUCGCGCUGACGGCGCUGGUCUGGGUGCAGACGCACUCCGGGAUGGACGUCGGGUUCGGCAUCUCCGCCGCCGCCAUGGCGGCCGGGCUCGUCAGCCUCGUCUCCGGCGCCGCCUUCUACCGGAACAAGCCUCCUCAGGGCAGCAUCUUCACGCCCAUUGCAAGGGUGUUUGUUGCCGCCUACACCAAGAGGAAGCAAAUCUGCCCUUCCAGCUCCUCCGAUCCCGUCAAUGCCGGCGUUUGCGAGCCGGCGCACCUCGCCGGCGGCAGCUUCCGCCACGCCAGCAAGUUCAGGUUCUUGGACAAGGCGUGCAUCAGGGCGGCGGAGCAGGGGCCGAACACGAAGCCGGAGAGCCCGUGGCGGCUGUGCACGGCGGCCGAGGUGCGGCAGGCCAAGACGCUCCUCGCCGUGGCGCCCAUCUUCGCGUGCACCAUCGUCUUCAACACCGUGCUGGCGCAGCUGCAGACGUUCUCGGUGCAGCAGGGGAGCGCCAUGGACACCGCGCUCGGCGGCGCCGGCUCCUCGUUCCGCAUCCCGCCGGCGUCGCUGCAGGCCAUCCCCUACGCCAUGCUGCUGGCGCUCGUCCCGGCGUACGAGCUCCUCCUCGUCCCGCUCAUGAGGCGCGCCACAGGGGCGCGGUCCGGGAUCACCCCGCUCCAGCGGAUCGGCGUGGGCCUCUGCACCGUGCCGCUCUCCAUGGUCGCCGCCGCCACCGUCGAGCACAGGCGCCGCGACCUGUCCCUGUCCGCCGGCGGCGCGCCGCCGCGGGCGAUGUCCGUGCUGUGGAUCGUGCCGCAGUUCCUCGUGUUCGGCGUGUCGGAGAUGUUCACCGCCGUGGGGCUCAUCGAGUUCUUCUACAAGCAGGCGCGCGGCGCCGGCAUGCAGUCCUUCCUCACGGCGCUCACCUACUGCUCCUACGCCUUCGGCUUCUACCUCAGCUCGGUGCUCGUGUCGCUCGUGAACCGUGUCACGGCGAGCCGCGGCGGCGGCGGCCAUGGCGGGUGGCUCGGCGACAACGACCUGGACAAGGACAGGCUGGACCUCUUCUACUGGAUGCUCGCCGUGCUCAGCGUGAUCAACUUCUUCUGCUACCUGCUCUGCGCGAGGUGGUACAACUCCGGCGGCGCCGACGACGGCUGCGACGCCUCCGCCUCCGCUCAGGUCGCCGCCGAAGGCGACGGCAACGGCAAGGAGAUCAUCUGAAGAAAAAAAAACAUAGAAUUAUAAUUCUAUGCGACUGAAAACUGUAUAUGCGUAUAGCUGUAAUGUAUGUAUGUAUGUAUGUAUGUAUGUAUGUAUGUAUGUAUGUAUGUAUACAUGCACGAGGAAUAGUGGCAAGAAAUGAAGAAAAUGAGUAAUGCUAGGUUGAAAUUAUAAGGCUCUACUUUGAUAAGGAAUAGGAAAUACAUUAUGCUUUGCCUUGGA